AUGAAGCUUCACACAGUAGCCGCUACUGCGGCUCUUGUCGGUACCGGUUUUUCGGCCAAGAACGAACGGACCUUUGCUGUUCUUCGCUUUACGAACAAGCAGCUCACCAAAGGUCGAAUGGACCCUAUCGUCAGCCCAGGGAAAGUGUCUACACAUGUCCACUCCAUUUUUGGUGGCAGUAACUUCGGUCUCACUUCGACAGGCAAGGAUCUUAUGGACUCCAAAUGCAGUACUGCCAUGAUCAAGGGUGACAACAGUAACUACUGGGUCCCGUCUCUUUAUUUCAAAGAUCCAAAGACUGGCAAGCUUGAAGAUGUCGAACUGUUUUACGCCAACGCUUAUUACUUCUUCGAGCCGACUAAUGAUGAUAUAAAGGCGUUCCCGGUUGGACUGUCGAUUAUGAGCGGAGAUCAGAAUCUGCGAACGCCGCCGAAAGACGGAGCAACUUCUAACCUCGAUCCAUCCAAAGGCACUGUUAACCCUGUCAAAUGGACUUGUCCUCGUUCCAACUUUGAUUCUCCUUCAUGGCCCGCUGGCUCCAACGGUCUCACGGCGGGCAUCCAGGACCCCAUCAAUAAGGGAGAGGGUGUUGGUUUUCCUGACGUGAACUGUGAUGGAUACGCAUCACCUUUGAGGGCGGAUGUUCACUUCCCCUCUUGCUACAACCCUGCUGCGGGCUUGACCAAUUACAAAGAAAACAUGGCUUUUCCUACUGAUGAUGGGAAGGGGAAAUCAGACUGCCCCAAGGGAUGGAUUCACGUCCCUCACCUCUUCUUGGAAGUUUACUGGAAUACUCCGCUUUUCAAAGACCGAUGGGAACAAGGGAAGGGUCAGCAGCCUUUUGUUCUUUCCAACGGAGAUGCUACGGGCUACAGCAACCAUGCAGACUUCAUGGCUGCCUGGGAUGAAAAGCUCCUUCAACACAUCAUUGACACUUGUAAUGCGGGCAGCCAGGGUAUGGACAAGUGCCCUGGUCUCAAUGGUCUGAACACGGGUGACUGCACCAUCGAAUCACAAGUUCCCGAAACCGUUGACGGUGUUUUGGAUGCUCUCCCCGGAGACAAUCCCAUUACUGGUUGGUCUUAUGGUGGAAAUGGAACCGACGGAGGUGGUAAUGAGCCCAAACCCUCGCACUCUCAGUCUGCUGGAGGCGACAGUACCAGCUCUGCCAAGCCAACCAACUCCCAGCCUGCUGGAGGAGACAAUACCAGCAAAGUUUCCAGCGUCGCGCCCACAGGAGACAACAAGCCAACUCCGACCAAGAAUCCUGACAACGCAACCACCAAGCCACAGUCUACCUCAGAGGCGGGUGGUUCUAAGCCUACGCUGCCUUCUCAACCAUCUGCAUGCACCCCCAAGGUUCACACUGUCUACGAGACGAUCACUGUAACGGCACAAUUGCCCGGAGCCACCGAUGGCCCUGUUUCAAAUUCAACUCGCACUGCGGGAGAUUUCAAAUAUGCUGGUUGCUUCAAGGACUCUAGGGACCGUGUUCUCGAUGGCGAUGUCCGUGCCAACUUGGGCGCCAUUAGCAACGCCAAGUGUGUGGCUCACUGCAAGUCCAAGGGCUAUGUACUUGCUGGUACUGAAUACGGUGGCCAGUGCUAUUGUGGCAAUGAACUUGUUGGAUCUGAGAAGCUUGAUGAUUCAGCCUGCGAUAUCGCUUGUGAAGACGAUAAAUCAGAUACAUGCGGAGGAGGUUGGGCACUCAGCGUCUACAGCAAGGAUGGUGAGGCUAGCUUGAAGGGCGCCAAAAGCCGAAGGCAUGCUCACGAGCACCUGCAACGACACCGUAGCCCUCGCUAUUAG